AUGCGUCGCGAAGAGGCCAGGCUUCUGGAGGCUCGUGUGCAAAAGCCAAGAACCGUACGCAGAGAGUUCAUUGUGGAUGCUGCAAACCGCAUUCUCAAGGUGCGGUCAGGCAAGGCUAGCCAGAGCAACCCGCCCACCGUGGGCAUACAUUGGAUCGACCGCUUCGUCAAGCGUCAUAAAUAUCUACUAAUGAGCCAAAAGCAGCUGGAAUCGAACCGCCAAGCCGCCGAGGAUAUCCCUACAGUCAUUGAGUGGUACAAGAAACUCCACGCUGUAAUGCAAUCCGAAGGCAUUGUGGAAGACGACAUCUGGAACAUGGACGAAACAGGGUUUCGUAUCGGGGUUGGGAAAGACCAAUUGGUCGUCACAAAGCGCAAGAAAGCCCAUUACUUCGGCACUCCUGGUAACAGGGAGUCAGCUACGGCCAUUGAGUGCAUCUCGGCCGGUGGGCGAGUCUUACCAGCCUUCUUGGUGCUCUGUGGUAUCCAACAUCAAGCUCGAUGGUACGAAGUCAUGAAGCACUACCCAGACACACGCAUUGCGAUGUCACCAACUGGGUAUAGUAACGACGAGAUCUGCUUGGAGUGGAUCUAUCAUUUCGACGAGCACACGAAAAACAAGACCAAAGGCAACAAGCGGCUACUUCUACUCGAUGGAUUCGGUUCACACCAUACAUACCCGUUUAUCGAGUACUGUGGGCGCCGCGGUAUUAUACCUUCUCUUUACCUCCUCAUUUAA